AUGUCGAAACGACGUAUCUACGACGAUGAGAGCAGCAGAAGCAGCAGUAGGAUUGUCUCCCACUCGCAUCUGCCGAAGCGUUCCCGCAAAAUUGACCGCCUUUCGUCUUUAAGCGACGAACUCCUACUCCAUAUUUUAUCUUGUCUUCCGAUACCAUCGUUGAUUGUUUGUCAGAGAUUAUCGCGCCGAUUUCAUGCAUUGGCCGGAGACUCGGAGCUUUGGAAGAGGCAAUAUUAUUCACGUUGGGUUCGACCUCGUGCACGUCGAUUAGCAAACAGCAAACGGAUUUCCAUUCCACAGUCGAAAGCCGAAUAUUCUCCUAGGGUAUCGACAUGGUUAGAUCACAGUUAUCUAGCAAAGGAGGGAAGGCCUACAAACUGGAAACGGCAGUAUCAUCUCAGGCACAACUGGUCCAAGGGGAUCUGCCGCGUAACUGAAUAUGAAUUCCCUCGACCGCCACGACCUCCGUUGUUCGUCGAGUUCUGUGCCGGCUUUAUUUUAACAGCGGAUUCCGACCAUGGGCUUCGAGCUUGGAUUGCCAGUAACCCAAGAUCCUGCGUGGCAAAUAUACAAUCAGAAUGUUCUUCUGCUGUCCCGACAGCUCUGUCAGCAACCCGCAGCCUUUGUCAAGAUGAUAUCGAGGUCGUGGUAGGCUUUCAAGACAAAGGCUUCAGUGUUUAUGCCUUCGAUAUCAAGGCAUGGAAACUAAGCUUACGUUUUAUCCACUCUGAACCAAGCCCAGAAACAAUCACUGCCAUGGCAUCAUCAGCUCCAUAUCUGCUAACCGUCUCAGAACAUAAGCUGCUUUCCCUAUACAGGAUACUCCCAGGCCCUAAGGGUCUCAACAGAUCUGGUGUUUCAGACGGAGCCCGUCUGAUUGCGUCUCUGAGAGCAGAUAAUAUUGUGGCCCCAAUGUCACUGUCCAUUCGAGUUGCGCAAUCUGAAAUCAUUGCAUCAGUUGUUUAUAGUUUUUACCACAUUGGUUGUGGCUGGUCGUUAGGGAUCCAAGAACUUCGUCUGAACAGCAAUGGCCAGCAAAUAGACUCGCGGCUUGCUACAACAGUGGAUUCACAAUACGGCGUACGGCCUCUUCCUAACUCCGAGAAUGGGUUUCACUCGGCAUGGGACUACCAGGCUGGAGGUGGCAGGCCGUUUACGAUGCCAAGUGAGCCCUCUAUACUACACCAAGAGCUCCCAACCUCUCUUUCCUAUCGACAUCCUUUUCUCCUGGCAUCUCAUCCAGACAACACCCUCACCGUGUACCUUGUUGUAUCUACUUCUAAUAGCCUAUACGUCAAAAGUGGUCAAAGGCUCUGGGGCCAUACAUCGUCUGUGGGAGUUGUGCAGGUUAGCGAUCGUGGUAAGGCAAUAUCUGUUAGUUCACGUGGAGAUGAAAUACGGGUAUGGGAACUCGAAUCAGUUAUUUCAUCCCCUCUAGCCCGACGGACGGCGAAGGAAGCCAGCAGCAUUCGGCUCAGUCCCGAGAAUGCACGCACUGAAUGGCAUGAGAAAUGUGACCGAUCGAGCCAGAAUGAAAUUGAAAGAGCUACUAUUGACGUCUCUCGGGAAAUGGCACGGGUACGAGGCUGUGUCGGAUUUGAUGAUGAACGCGUGCUUCUGCUUCGAGAACAGGAAAGGGGGACAGCAUUGCUUGAGAGUUACAAUUUUAUAUGA